AUGAAGCGCUGCGACUGUCGAAGGGCGGCACAGCCACGACGAGGCGUGCGCGCGGCUUCUGUGCGCAUGGAGGAUCGGGAGGUAAGACAGCUGCUGCCCUUGCCGCAUGUCUCUGGCAUGGUCGCCUCGCCCUCGCCAAGCCAGCUUCGAUUAUCACUCUCGGCGGAUACCGACAUGGCGAAAGCCCCUGCGUCAACGAGACAGCCUGGUGCAGUUCACAAAGGAUAUUUCUCAGGAUGGAUCCGUGCGAAACUGGGAAGACGUCUUGGCGCUGUUGGCGAUGUUGCCGUCCCUUCGACUUCGGCCAGAUGA